AUGGCCACCAUACAUCCCUCACGCCUGGCUCUUGUACCGCACGACCCUAAAGACAUUUACCCGUCCAGGCAUACUCUUGAUCGUGGCCGUCCCCCAUCACCCCGAUCCAAUCGCCGACUUACUCCUUCACCCUUGAGCAGCGAACUCCGAGGAUACCGCAGGGACGAUUCACGCGAAGAUGACAGAGACAGGCGUAGGGACAGGGGAAAAGACAAAGAUGCAGACACGCACGGAGAAAGAGAUCAUGACAGCCGGCGCGACGACGCCAAGCGGGAACGUGCGCGGGCAGACGACUACUUUGACGAGGACGAUAGAAGAAGGAAGCGUAGCCGCACUCGCAGUGUCGACAGGGAGCGUGACUACGAGCGUAGUGACAGGCUAGAGGGGAACAGGCCGCGCCGGCCGAGUCCCGUGUACUCGGAGUAUCGACGCCCGUCGUCGCCUGGAGAGCGCGAGAGGUCCCCGGUGCCGCAGGCACCGUGGCGACAGCACGAGAAUAUGUACCCCGGUUACCGAGGCCCACCGCAUGGCGGGUACGGUGGAGGUGUAGACUUUUUGGAGAGCCGGAGGAAGCAGCGCGAACAGUCUACGAUUUCGAUAUGGCCAACCUCCCCAAGAGCUCCCACUCGAGUAUUAUCUAACAGUCCCGACUCAAAACACCGCAAGAAAUCUAGUAAGCGACAUCGCGACUCUGACGACUCCGACGACUCCGACUCUGAUGAGGAGGAGCGGCGACGUCGCGACCGCAAGGAGCGCAAAAAAGCACGGCGAGAGAAGGACAUGGACAGGUAUAAAGACAAGGACAGGGAUAGCCAUCGCCACAGACACAAACACAAAUCCGAAUCUCGAAAAUACAGCAACGACUCUGACGAAGAAGAUAGGCACAAGCAGAACAGGCAUCGAGCUCGAAGCCAAAGCGGGGAAAAGAGCGUGGACAGGCACCGUCAGAGCGAGGCUCGGACAAAGAGCCCUGAGCAGCAUCCUCGCACUCCGGAUGUGGAUGAGGACGAGUGGGUGGAGAAACCAGCGACCGGUUUGCUCGCGGUCUCGCCGCCAGCCAAGACCAACGGCAGCGCCUUGAUGCCGCCUCCACCUGUGCCCACGUCCGGAUCUGCGUCAAUGACUGCGAAACGCACCGGGGAAGACGAGGACUCUGACGACGAAGUUGGGCCCCAGCCUCUUCACAAGGUGACGUCCUCGCGCAAAGUCGACGAGCGGCAGUACGGAGGUGCACUACUACGCGGAGAAGGUAGCGCGAUGGCCGCGUUCCUGAAGGACGGCACUGACAUGCGUAUCCCUCGUCGUGGUGAAAUUGGCCUGUCGUCGGACGAGAUUGCUUCGUUCGAAUCCGUCGGCUACGUCAUGAGCGGCAGCAGGCAUCGUCGCAUGAACGCCGUUCGUAUGCGCAAGGAGAACCAGGUUAUCAGUGCAGAGGAGAAGCGGGGCAUUCUGAAGUUGCAGCAGGAGGAGCGCGAGCGGAGGGAGACGAUCUUGCGGGAAGAGUUCCAGGAGCUGGUAACUGAGAAGCUCAAGUCGCAGGGAGCUACCAAGUAA